AUGAUUAUACAUCCCUCUCGAGGUAAAAAUCCAUAUCUCAUGCAAGUGGCUCUUUUGGCUGUUUGGAUGAGUGUUCUCUGUUGGGUGGCCAAUUUCCACUCCAGCAGUGGUGGUAGUGCCAGUUGUUGUUGGGCACAAGAAACAAACAGAAUGGCUCUCAAUCCUUCCACUCUUCAAUCAUGGGAAUUGGCAACCUCUUUGCGCUUUUGCAAGAGAAAUCUCACUGUUGGUUCCUCUGCGCCAGCUUCUCAAUCACGAGGAUCAGAUUCUUCCUCUCCUUCACAACAGCAACAAGGAAGUUCUUCUGGUAACGUUCUUUCUUCAAUCUUUGUCAUUAGCAAUUUGGUAUGCAAUAAUAGUGGAAACAGUAGUAGUAGCAUCACAUCCAAACAACAAUCCUUACUUGAAUUGCAACAACCCAUUCAAGGAGAAGCUCCUCUCGAAUCGAUUGGCUUCUUUACCAAUUUGGAUUUGAUUGGUUUCACCACUGGCAUGUUUGGUGUCAAUCUAAAUGAACAGGGAAUUGCUCGUGGAGUCUUGCAACUCUUCUCUCUUGUGAAAUUGACCAUCUAUGAUAAGAGUAAUCAAUCUCAAUCUCAAAGUUCGGGGAUUCCACCAUUACUCUUCCCCUUCAGUGAGGGAGUUCUAAAGACAAUUUACUUUACAAAUUCUUCACUUCAAAACAUAAGAACUGCAUAUGGAAUGAAAGUUGUUGGUGGAGGUAAUAGUAAGGUCAUGUAUUAUUCAGUACAUGCCGAUUCAGAGAUUGGACACUUGACAGCCACUUGUUUUGUGGCUGAGGAACCCACUAUUUUGAAUGUUAAUCUUAUUCCUGCCAAUUCAACAGCAAAUCCCAAUAAGAAUCAUGUCCUAUUGUUACCAGAGAGUUUGUUGUUGGCUUUCAGUAUUGACAAUUUCAAUGUCAAACGUGUGAUGCAAAUGGUGAAUAUGAAUUCCGUACAGAAUUUGGAACUUGUUGUGACUGCUGAUAUUGGUGUAUUGGGAUCCUCCAACCUGACUGCUGUCCCACAACAACAACAACAAGGAUCCCAACAAGAGUCAUCUCAACCGCAAGUGUCACCACAACCUCAGCAAGGUCAUGAAGGAUCCUCAACAUACAAUGACGAGAAUACGAAGCAGCAAUCUCCUUAUUCUCCUCCUCAACAACAACAAUCUCAACAACAAUCUCAAAAUGGCACCGCACCACAACAGCAACAAACUCAGCAGCAAUCUCAAAACACCACAACACCACAACCAGCUUCUUCACAACAACAAUCUCAACAGCAACAGGCUUCUCAACAAGGACAACAACCUCCUCAAUCAAGUGGUCGUGCUGGUGGUAGUACUGGAGGUGGCCAUCCACAAGGUAGUGGCGAUGGACUACAACCCCAUCAGCCUUCUGGACAAGCGUCUCAGCCACAACCACCACAUGCAUCAAAUCCUCAACCUCAACCUCAACACUCUCAACAACAAGGACAACAUCCACAACAGUCGAAUCCUCCUCCUCCUCAACAGGGACAACCUCAGGCCUCUCAACCACAAGGAUCUCAGCCACAAGCACCACAACCAUCGGCGAAUCCACCAGCUCCUCAAACCUCUCAACAACAGGGACAGGGACAGCAACCUCCUCAACCUCAACAAUCUCAGCAACAAGGUCAGGGUCAACAACAGGGUCAACCUCCCCAACCUCAACCACAGCAAUCUCAACAACAAUCUCAACACUAUAAAAGCCAAAAGCAAUCCAUACAGGUGGUUCCUGAUCUUCCCUACAAACCAGAUGAUUAUCGCCGCGUGUAUAGCAUUACCAACGCAAAUGCCAACAUUCCAAAGGGUUAUCUUGCCAUUCCUUCUUCUGCUGCCUUUGGUUCCUAUUCAAGUGGUUCCGGUGGUGGUGGUGCUGAGAUUAUUAAAUUCAUGAGAACCACUCUACAAAUUGCAUCGUUGGGUUUGGGACCAGGAGGUGCAACCACUUCAAGUCAAUCUCAAACCUCGGAUAGACAAUACCAGCAACAAUCUCAAACCAGCAGCGGUGGUGCUGAUGGUAGUGGUGGUAGAUCACUGGAAUAUCCAAGUGCUCGAAUCGAUUACUCUCGUUUGGAUGUUCACAUUCCUUUGUCCUCUUUGACAGAGAGUGAAAUGUCUCAGGACAGUUUCAUCAUGUGGGGACCAGUGUAUUUGGGUCAUGUCGAACAACAGGGAAGUUCUUGUACUUGCGGUUUACCUCCUCCUCAACCUCAACAACAACAAUAA